GACGGGCCCAAUACAGAUCAAUCCAUUCUCACACAGACAAUCGCAACACGUAAAUGAACUAUUCAAUGUCACCGUAUUAGUACAUGUUUCCAAUUCGAAUGUGCAUUCCAAUACACAACACACAAUUCUUUUAUUCUUCUUCUUCUUUCGGGUACGGUACAUCUCGCGCAGUGUGCGAUGUAUGUUAUUGUAGCACUCUAUUAGUUUCGGCAGAUCUGUCUGUUGCGAUAGACUCUCUUAUAUCGAGCGAAAGAAAUAACAUUCAUUUAGUGGAUUGAGAUUGAAUGCUCAACAGCAAAGACAAAGAAUAGAAUGUAAAGUUUAGUUUAGUAAACAAUAGAAAUUAAAAAAAAAGAACAAACGGAUAGAAAAAUUAAUAACGAAAACGCUUUAAGUGCAUCCAAGAAUUGUGUGUGCGGUUUCAAAUGUUAACCGCAUCCAAUGGAAUUCAGCGUAGAACAAAAUUAUUAACGAAUUGAAAUCGAAAACUGAAACAAGGUAGUGCUACUGCAUUUAAAGCCACGUGCACGCAACAUGGACAUGGAGAAUUUAACGGUGACAAGAUGCAAACCAUUCCGUGGAUUUUUGGAAAUCUACGGUCAUAAGAAGCCGGAAUUAUUGGAUCAUUUGGAUUCGGAAAUUGCUGCUUAUCAGCCGCACACGAAGAAAAAGAUUGCCCUUCAUCCGGGCGAUCUGCACCCGAAUUUGGAAUUUGACACCGUUUAUUUGGCAUUGAGUGUGGGCAAAAAUAAAUACCAUCGAUGUACGGUGCUUGAAAAACGAGCCCACAACAAAGUCACCAUCGAACUGAUCGACUAUGGCAUCGAGUACGAUGUGGAUGCAAGCCUUUUGCUUGAACUGGAUUUGAUGAAUCAAAAGGGUGUUUUUUUGCGUGAUUUCCCGCCGAUCGCUACAAAAUACAUAUUGGCCAACUUUUUCUGCCUUUGGAAACUCAAUGAACUGAUUAUCAUCGAGUCACUGCUGAAAAAUUCAGUAUUGCCCAUCACGAAUGAACAAACGGAUCGUGAGCAUCGUUACAUAUCAUUGAGCUGCAACGGAAUUGAUUUGGCGACAAAAUUGAUCAAUUCACAAGUUGGCAUGGAGAUUUCAUUCACCGAGCAACGAAUCGAAGUGCGCAAAUUAACGCAACGUUUCGAUGCGUUUGCAAAUAGUGCGGCCACAGCAAAUGGGGCCGGAUCACCGGCACGGCGUGAGAAACGUCGAAAUCUUGUGGCAACUCGGCCAUUGCAAGCGCCCGCUAAUAAUAAUAGCAUCACCAUCACAAAUCAUGGCAAGCAGCUGAUUCAAAGUUACAUAGCACCGAAAACGAUGCGUGCAAGCUUCCAACCGGACACAUAUCCAACCGAUGUCGUCCCAUUGCCUCCACCCACCGGUCGAAUGCCGGCGUUUACAGCGAACGAAUUGCCGCCAAAUCUGUAUCACCCGGUUUAUGUUUCAUACAUUGAAAAUGGUCCAAACGAAUUUUACAUCCAGUUGAAGAGCCAAGAGCAUGUGUUGGAUCGCUUGUCAUCGGAUCUGUCAAGUGCGCCACGUGUUCAACUCAUGUCAAAAAUGCCUAUCAACAUGACGUGCAUUGGUAUGGCCUGUAUCGCACGAUUUUCCGAAGACCAGAGUCUAUAUCGUGCGGUAAUCCACAAAGUGCACACAAACGGUUGUCGUGUCAUUUUUGUUGACUUUGGCAACUCCGAGCUGGUGCCACUUUCCGAAUUAUAUGAAAUUCCAUCACAUUUCCUCGAACACAAAACAUUUGCAAUGCCGUUCGAAUUGCAUGGAUGCAAAGAGCUCGGUCCGAUCGAUGAUCAUUUGAAAAAGUCUUUCAGCGAUUUGGUGACAAAUGCUACCCUCGAUCUUAAAGUCAUUCCCACGACAAAGUCUACGGCACAGCAAUGCGAGCUGUUCCUACCGAACGGACAUAAUGUACUGCAUCAGUUGAUGGAAAAGAAAAUAGAACUGAGCUCAUUCCCGAAUCCACCACAUCUGAAGGACGGUGACAUUGUCUGUAUACGUUCCGCAGUAACAGCCAAGAAAUUUUUUGUGCAACGUGUCAAGGAUAUGCCAGCCUUUGAUCGUAUGAUGGAUGCAUUGCUAGCGCAUUGUCAUGGUGCCCAUCAAAUGGUUACGUUGCCAGCGAAAGAUGCGUGCUGCGCGGCUAUGGUCAACGGCGAUACGACCGAAUGGUAUCGUGUUAUCGUUACAAAUCAAGUGGAUCGUGAACAUGUUCAAGUCUAUGUGGUCGACUAUGGCCAUGAGAUGAAGUGUCAUUUGUCGAAUUUGCGUGAAAUAACACCAUAUUUCUUUGAACUACCACGCCAAGCCAUCGAAUGCUGCUUGACUGCGUUCGAAGAAAUCGUCGAUCUGCCGGAAUCAACGCGCGAAAAAAUUGAAUUGUUCAUCGAUGACCCGAGCGGUGAACCAAUCGAGUAUAGGGUAUCGAUGCAUCGUUCAUCUUCGAAUUCGGUGUAUGUUGUUGAUUUGACCAAUGAUGCCAAGGAGAUCAGUGUGUCACUUUCGGUGUACAAAUUAGCGAUGCCGCGCCGUAAUUUUGGUAACAAAGCACCAUCAAAACCAACGACGGAGAUUGAAAAGCCACUGAGAGCCACCUCCACCGCCGCCGUCGUCGCACCAAUGAAUCGAGGCGCCAACAAUUGGCCAAAUGUGCGUGAGAUCGAUGGAGCUGAAACGCAAGAGCGAUACAAUGAAGCGAUUGAACGACAAAAUGAACGAUUUGGCAAGCGAAAUCAAAAUAUGGUGGAACGAUUUGAACAGGCCAAACCCAGAAGCGAUAAUCUAACCAAAUCACCGAUGAACAAUGGCGCCACGAGAAAUUAUGGAAAUCGACCCGAGUAUGACAAUCGUCGCAAUGGUGACAUGAAUAAGAAUCUCGAUAAGAAUGAUAAUUGGGAAAGCUGUGGGCUUGCAGAAUCAUCGAGUAUUCAUAGCACUGAUUCGACAAGUAAAUCACCGGAAAAGAUCAAUAAUAAUAACAACAACAACCACAAUAAGCCAUCGAUCCCGACUAUAACAACGGAAGAUUUUGUCGGCUUCAAUCCUACGCUACCGGAUUCGAUACCCAUUCCACUCAACUCAAUAACAAAGGUGAACGUCGUUGAGUGGCAUUCACCAUUGGAAUUUUACGUGCAACUCAAAUCGAUGGACAGUAAAUGCGAUGACAUGAUGUACCAAAUUCAAAAGUACUAUCGAAAACGUGCACCAAUCCAGCAUAAAGUGGCGGUAGGUUCAUUGGUUCUUGUGCGCCACAAAGCGGAUAAUGUCAUCAAACGAGCCAAAGUCAUCGAAUAUAAUGAACAACGUGACAAGUAUCGUGUUCAGUUCAUCGAUUACGGUGCCAAAGUCGUAUGUCAAUUGUCCAAUAUGUACGAAUUGGAGAAAUCAUUCAUCAAACUGCCGGCGAUGGCCAUUUGUUGUACAUUUGGUAAUGUGAUUUUGAAUAAACCAGUGUUGGAAGUCCACGAAAAAGUACAUCCGUACAUUGAUGGCAUCGAUGAAUUUGAAUGCACUGUUGUCGCUAACGUGCAUGACAAACUCACUAUUGAGUUGAUCGCAAAUGGUAUAAACUUGAAGGAUCUUUUGAUGCGCGAUCAAUUUUUAACCAAUUUACCCAAAGAUAUUUGUUUGGAGCGUUUAGUAGGCCAAACACUCACCGUAUUCAUCACUGCAGCCACGGAUCUGUCCCGUUUCCAUGCAAUGUUUUACGGCUGUGAUAUUGCAUUCAUGUGCAGCUACAAAGACUUAAGCUUAGUUAAGAAGAACCCACAAUUAAAUGAGCAAUUCCGAGCGUACGAGAAAAAAUACGUCCAAAUCAAGGUGGAAUCAAUCGAUUCUGAUAAUAUCUUGAAGACGUCUAUUUAUCUGCCACACUUGGAUGAUGACGAAGAUGUACCUGACAUUUGCAACUUCCCAAUCUAUAGCGAUGAAUUCGAUGGAUUUGUUCCAUACGUUGAACCACCCUAUACCGUUUAUAUCCAGAGCAAACGCUUCGAACUUUCAGCAAGUGAUUUGCUGGAUCAACUCUAUGCUGCUUAUGAAAGCGAUGCAUCACAAAAACUAGCGUUAAAUUUCAAGCAGACUUAUGCUGCAUUGUCAGCAGAUGGCAACGUUUACCGUUGCCAAAUCGAGCAAAUAAAUGCGGAUAACACGGUGGCUGUCCGCUGGAUUGACUAUGGAAACAAAGAAGUUGUUGAAAAGUCAGCAGUAAAGGCUUUGCCCGAGCAAUUCAAAGCCCCAAUAAGCGCUUUGGCCCAAAAAAUGUUUGUUCCAAUCAAAUUGCUUGCUGAAAAUAUUUCAUUGCUUGACUUGGAUUGGGCUACUGAAAAGAAAGUGAAGAUUCUUGGUACGCAUCAAUCAAACUUCAUUUGUGAACUAAUGUCAAACGGUAGCAGUAUGAUUGCCGCAUUGGAAAAAGAAGGAGCAGCAACGAAGUUGAAUGUUGAACAGUUCAAAGAAUUGUUUGAAGUCACUGAAAAGCAACAUCAAUGGAAUGUGCUAGAGCAAUCCGUUCAAGAAGAACAGCAACCAACAUCGACACAAGCCCAACAAUCGGUUCAAAAAGAUGUAGAGCCACAAAAACAAAUCGAAGUAUCGCAGCAUCCGAUACAAAGUAAUGCAGUAGAAGAACCGGUACAAGCAGAACAGUCCACUUUAGAACAGGAACCAAUUGCCGAAGAAAACAAGUCGGUGAAUGAACGCAUCGCAGAAUCGGUUCAAUCAAAGUUCGUUCAAAGGGAACUCAUUUUUGUCACUCACGUCGAUCAUCCGAAUCGAUUCUACAUUCAACUGAAUUCGGACACUGAUGAGCUCGAGUCGUUUCAACAAACACUGCAAAUUGUCGGUCCACAGUUGCCGCCAUUGAACAGUUUCCGUGCUGGUGUAUUAUGCAUUGGAAAGUAUACCUUCGAUGAUCAAUGGUAUCGAGCCCGGAUUAUUGACAGCGAUAGUGAAAUAACAUCCAUUCAAUUCGUUGAUUACGGUAACACCGAUUCGAUCACCGACAAUUCACUGCUCAAAUCAAUCACUGACAACUCAUUGAUCGCAAGAGAACCAUUUGCAAUGGCAUGCUCUUUGCCAAUCGCACCGCAUGGAUCAAACGAAUGGACCGAAGCGGCUUGCAACAAACUUCGUAUGCUGACCAACGAUUCACCGAUGGAGUUUGAGCUAGUGAGCAAAGAUAAAGACGUGAACUAUGUGAAACUGUUUUUCGUGGGUGGACGCGAUUUGGUGAAGGAAAUGAUUCAAGAAGAAGUGGCAGAUCCAUUGGAAAUCAUCAAAACGGGUGAAACGUGCUUUGUGUCACACAUCAAUUCGCUGGGUGACUUUUUCAUUCAGGUCGAUUCUGACACAGAAGUGCUUCGAAAAAUCGAGCAACACCUGGCCAGUGACAAUGAUUCGGUGGUGUUGACGUCACCAACGGUUGGCACAAUUUGCAGUGCACUAUUCGAUGAUGGUGCAUGGUAUCGUGCUCGCAUCUUAAAUAUUUUACCCGAUUCAAAGUAUGAUGUGGAAUUCCUCGACUAUGGCAACACGUUCCAAACGACGGAAGUGCGAUCAUUGAGCCCGGAAAUAACACAAUUACCUCAUUUGCGAAAGCGAUGCUACUUGAAAUUGCCCGACGAUGUCGAAAACUGGAGCGACGAAGCCGAACGAAAGUUCCGCGAAAUUUCUGGCGAAGGUGCAUCUGAAUUUAAUGUGAAUCUGAUCAAACCGGGCAAAAAGGCAUGCAUUGAAUUAUGGUUGGGUGACCAAAAUCAAUCGUCUGUCUUGGGUGAGAUGUGCGAAAAGAGACGCAUGCCAGUGAUAACGGAAGAUGAACACGAUGGUACGCCAAAAGAAGUCACUUCACCGCAACAGCACUCAAUCAAUGUUAGCGAUUUUCCAAGUGGCAAACAUGCAUGUUGUCUUACACACGCCAAUUCAAUUUCCGAUUUUUACAUACAAUUCUACUCGAAGUCAGAAGAUCUGACUGCUAUUCAAACGGAACUUGCAAACGCCAAAGAGUAUGAAGCUCUCGAACCAACCAAUGUUCCAGUCGGAACAAUAGUUGCCGCACUCUACCCGGAAGAUGACUACUUCUACCGCGCAAAGGUGCUUGAACACACACCAAACGGAACCGUUGUUAUGUUCAUCGAUUAUGGCAACACAAGUACGAUUACAGAAAUACGAAUGCUAUCCAGCAUUUUGAGCACGAUUGUUCCAUUAGCAGCACAUUGCACGUUGGCGAAUGAUCAAUUGAAACAGUUCACACCCAGCGAUGUCGCCGGAUUCAUGAAUUUCAUGUUGGAAGUGCCAGAGCCGACAUUCCAAGUUGAAGCAAUAAGCACAACGGGCACCAAAACCACAGUCAAGUUCUUUCGAGAUGAUUGUGACAUUCUCGAAUUUAUUCAAAGUGUCGGAUCACACAUUGACCCCGCCGCUACGAGCGUUCUAUCAGACAUCAUCGAACAAUCGAUCAACAGCACCGCCGAAUGAACGAUUUACACAAAAUAUAUGCAAAAGCAAUGAUAAAUUUUCAAUAUAUUUAGAAUAUUGUCGAAAUCAAUAAGAAAAACCAUUCAAAGUUCGAUAUUUUUUACACUUUUUCAAAAGAAUUAAACAUAUUUACAAGAAUAACAAAAGCAAAAAAAAUCUGACGAAUGUCAUUGAUGAGGAAAAAAUGCAAUGUUCAUUUUAUUUAUUGAAACAAGGAAAACAAACAAAAAAACAACGAAUGAAUCGUUAAAAAAUAUAAAUUAUAUUGAAAAACAA